GCGAGCGCACAGGCAGCACAGGCAGCACAGCAGCCACCCUGGAUUAUUGCUCCUUCACUCUGUGGAUUAUCCCCGCGCUGCAGGAAUCCGUCCAGCAUGGACUUCGCUUACGUCCUCUUCCUUCACAUCACUUAUCUCAGCUUCCUUGGCUCCGCCGCCACAAGGAUGGAAGUCGUCCAAGGAGACAGUAAAAAAUGGAAGUUUCUUCAGGCGAAUCGAGUCCGGAGGGAUCUGCAGACACCUGUCCAAAGUCCUGAUGCAACCUCGACGUUCUCUUUCGUCAAGCCAGAAGAUCCCAAGGAUCCUCAGCUGCCCCAGAGCAGCAAUGGUGCCCAUAUCCGGGUGAAGAGGUACAGGCACAGCUUCGGUAACUACCCCCCCACCUCCAGGGGCUGCAAGUUCGGCACCUGUAUCGUGCACAACCUGGCCAACCAAAUCUACCAGUAUACCGACAAAGACAAGGACAUCACAGCCCCCGCCAGGAAGAUCAGCUCCCAGGGCUACGGCAAAAGGAGGAGAAGGUCCGUUCCCGACAGGAGGCUUCUGAUGCCCUUUGUGGAUGGCGCAUUCAGACCUCAGUGGGUGAACGCUGGCAAAGCCAGAACCGGUGCCCGACACCUCCUGGACAUCCUCCAAAGAACAUCUACACAGAGAGGACUGACCAAGACCAAAGGCAAAAUGUGGCAGACCUUGCUGAGGACUUAAAGCGCGGACACGUGCAGUAGAGAUGUAGCACACGGUGAGGGGUAAAGGUCCCCCGACUCAGGAGGACGCACCAAAUUCCUCAUACCCGGCCCAGUGGAGCCUUAGAGGGUUCUGGCCAGGGGCACAAGGAGGAAGCAAUGUCGUAGACCGGGACUGGUCCUCAGAGGACAUGGACUUCUCUGGGACAAGGCGGAUGCAUCAUUUUGCACUUGUAAAGGACUAUUAUGAAUGUGAGCACUGAAAGACAGUACCAAAAACGGGAGAGGGCAAGGUGGGGCGCGAUCAAGGGCUCCAGGACCCAACGUAGAGCGGUCGAGGCGCUGCAGAACCUCAUGAUGAUGACUUUGGACCUUCCACCUGGAGCCGCUCGUAGGCUCCAGGAGCUGAAUUACCUGACCGGCCCCAAAAUCUCCGACUGAUGGGGGGGACUCUGCGGUCCGGCAGCAAGUGCUUGAUUCCCAGGACGUUCUCCCCUCCCCCGUCCCCUCACUGCCUAUGGACCUGGUACAGUCUGAGCCCUGUCAUGCAGGACGGACGGAUUAUACAGUUCCUCGUGGACUGGACCUUGAUACUUGAACCUGAAGUGCAAUGUUUUCUAUGAUAUUUAUGCUACUGUUUAUUACGUGUUUGUAUCGUCCAAAGCAGAAGUUAUUUUUCUACCAGAUUCUAUAAGGGCAUUAUCUAUAUUAGUAUCUAUGUAUCUCCUGUUGUCUGCAGGUAUCCGAUCCCUCGGCGCGUAUUGGCAUUCCACGGGGAGUUCGCUCUCCGGAUGUAACAUUUAUUAUAUGUCCCAAUGGGUCACAUUGAAUAAAAGAAAAUGAUUCA